AGAAUCGAAACUUGAUUUGUCCAUGUAUAUGUUGUUCUUGGUAUAGCCAUCACCGCAUUGACUAAAUAGUAUUUGGUCUAAGCACGUAAUUAGAGAUUGAAAGCAGGAUUAUUCAAACUAUAACUUUGAUUUUUCCACUCGGUUUGGAGCUAGCAAUACCUAUAAAAGUACAAAGAAAAAAAAAGAAAGGGAAAAAUAAGCUCAAUCUUAGUCCACGACCCCACCCAAGUAGAUCCAUCGUUGUCGUAUAUAAGGACCACUCAAGAAAUUGUUAUGUACAAAAAGAAAGCCAUGCCAAAACGGAGUGUAAAAGCAGCGGUCAUCGGAGCCGGCAUGUCGGGUCUGGUCGCAGCCCGAGAGCUCCGUCGAGAAGGACAUCAGGUGGUGGUCUUCGAAAAGGGCAGCGAAGUUGGGGGCACGUGGGUCUAUGACCCCCGGGUUGAGUCCGAUCCGUUGGGCCUCGAUCCGGCUCGUGAGGUCGUCCACAGCAGCAUGUACAAGUCGCUCCGGGUGAACCUCCCGAGGCCAAUCAUGGGCUUCUCGGACUACCCGUUCGAAGCGAAACUGAGUGUCGGGGUUGAUCCGAGGCCGUUUCCGGGUCACGAGGAGGUGCUCCGGUUCCUGCAGGGUUUCGCGGAGGAUUCCGGGGUGGUCGAGCUGGUCCGAUUCGAGCACGAAGUGGUUCGGGUCGAGCGAGUCGUCGAGGAGAGGAAUGACGAGUGGGUCGUGGAGUGGCAGACGCGGGACGGCGAAGUGCGCGCGGAGGUGUUUGAGGCCGUGGUUGUCUGCAAUGGCAAGUAUACCGAGCCAAGGCUAGCUGAAUUUCCAGGUAGAAGUACUUGGGGAGGAGAACAAAUACACAGCCAUAACUAUCGGGUCCCUGAACCAUAUAAAGAUAAGAUUGUAGUGAUCAUUGGAAAUGGACCAAGCGCGGUCGACAUUGCGAAAGACAUCUUACAUGUCGCGAAAGAAGUUCACCUAGCCUCAAGAGAAACCACCAAGUUUAAGAUUCAUGAUGGCCUAUAUCAACAUUCCCCGAUUGAUUAUGCCGAAGACAAUGGCAAAAUAGUCUUCCGAGAUGGAUCAUCGAUGCGUGCAGAUGCUAUCAUCCAUUGUUCUGGGUACAAGUAUCACUUCCCAUUUCUCAAGACAAAUGGAAUUGUGAACGUGGAUGAUAAUCGCGUCGAACCUUUGUAUAAACAAGUUUUCCCGCCUGCGCUAGCUCCGUGGCUCUCUUUCAUCGCCAUACCAUAUCGGACAAUUGCAAUUCUCCUCAGCGAGUUACAAUCAAGGUGGGUAGCAAAAAUUUUAUCCGGGAAAAUACUGUUGCCAAGUAAAGAAGAGAUGACGUCAUCGGUUCAAGAAUAUUACCAACGGAUCGAGGCGGUCGGAUGGCCCAGGCGUCAUACUCACAGGCUUCAAUUGGAAAAGUUUGAUUAUGAGAAUUGGCUUGCUGGAGAGUUGGGGCUACCGCCACUAGAGAGAUGGAGACAAAAUAUGUAUUUUACAUCGUUGAAUCUUCUGAUGAUGUUUGGCGCAAAUCUGCGAGACACUUGGGAUGUUGAGAAAUGGAUGCAAGGAGAAGGAGGAGAAGAAGAAGAGGAGGAGGAGGAGGAGGAGGAGGACAACAUUAAUUGCAGUUUGGAAUGCUAGAAGUCCUAGAAACUAGGAUACUUCAUGUGGGGAGCAAUUUAUGGAAUCUAUUUGCUAUCUCCCUUUAAUCAUUUGUCUGCUUUCUCUUCAGCUUGUUUAUGCCCAAGGUAAUCUAUGGUCGUCCAUGACUUUCACGAUGCCAAUUACAUAAUUGAAAAGUUUAGAUCAAGAUUAUCCACCGGACGAAAAGUUGAUGUGACUUUUCUAGGGGAAAAUUGUUCAAUCAACUAUAAAACUUAUUGUACGAAUUCAAAUUCAGUUAUAAACUUUUUCAUU